AUGAAGCUGCUGGCCCUUAUUUCCGGUGGAAAGGAUGGAAUCUACAGCAUCAUCGCUGCUCAAAGGGAGGGACACGAAGUGGUGAUGCUAGGGCACCUUUCUCCAAAGGACGGCGACCAAGUUCACGAGCUCGACAGCUUCAUGUACCAGACAAUCGGGCACAACAUUGUGCCUGCGAUAGCUGAGUGCAUGGACCUCCCCCUAAUAGAGCGCCAAAUAACAGGUGCACCCGUGGUAACUGAAUCUCUAGAAUAUGCUCCAAAAGAGGGCGAUGAGGUUGAAGAUCUCUACCACCUUGUUGUCGACGCCAUGAAGGAGCGCAACGACAUAGAAGCCAUACUAACAGGCGCCAUCGCAUCGCAAUACCAACUGCAACGUGUUCUAAAUGUGGCGAAUCGGUUGGGUCUUAAAACCGUGCAACCUCUCUGGGGACGCGAGCAGAGCGAACUCCUCGCCGAAAUGAUAGAAAACGACAUGGGCGCAAUCAUCAUUAAAACAUGCUCCAUGGGACUCAACGAAAAACAUCUCGGCAAAUCAAUUCGCGAAUUGUAUCCGGAAUUUCUCGAAAUUAGGGACAAGUACGGAUUCAACGUCUGCGGAGAGGGCGGGGAAUUCGAGAGUCUGGUUCUCGACUGUCCCAUCUACAAAAAAAGAAUCGCAAUCACGGAGCACAAACACGUUCUGCACUCAGCGGACCCAUUCGCACCGACUAUAUUGUUCGUACCGCUUAAGUGGCAACUUCAACCGAAGGCCUGA